AAUAAUAAUAAUAAUAAUAAUAAUAAUAAUAAUAAUAAUAAUAAUAAUAAUAAUAAUAAUAAUAAUAAUAAUAAUAAUAAUAAUAAUAAUAAUAAUAAUAAUAAUAAUAAUAAUAAUAAUAAUAAUAAUAAUAAUAAUAAUAAUAAUAAUAAUAAUAAUAAUAAUAAUAAUAAUAAUAAUAAUAAUAAUAAUAAUAAUAAUAAUAAUAAUAAUAAUAAUAAUAAUAAUAAUAAUAAUAAUAAUAAUAAUAAUAAUAAUAAUAAUAAUAAUAAUAAUAAUAAUAAUAAUAAUAAUAAUAAUAAUAAUAAUAAUAAUAAUAAUAAUAAUAAUAAUAAUAAUAAUAAUAAUAAUAAUAAUAAUAAUAAUAAUAAUAAUAAUAAUAAUAAUAAUAAUAAUAAUAAUAAUAAUAAUAAUAAUAAUAAUAAUAAUAAUAAUAAUAAUAAUAAUAAUAAUAAUAAUAAUAAUAAUAAUAAUAAUAAUAAUAAUAAUAAUAAUAAUAAUAAUAAUAAUAAUAAUAAUAAUAAUAAUAAUAAUAAUAAUAAUAAUAAUAAUAAUAAUAAUAAUAAUAAUAAUAAUAAUAAUAAUAAUAAUAAUAAUAAUAAUAAUAAUAAUAAUAAUAAUAAUAAUAAUAAUAAUAAUAAUAAUAAUAAUAAUAAUAAUAAUAAUAAUAAUAAUAAUAAUAAUAAUAAUAAUAAUAAUAAUAAUAAUAAUAAUAAUAAUAAUAAUAAUAAUAAUAAUAAUAAUAAUAAUAAUAAUAAUAAUAAUAAUAAUAAUAAUAAUAAUAAUAAUAAUAAUAAUAAUAAUAAUAAUAAUAAUAAUAAUAAUAAUAAUAAUAAUAAUAAUAAUAAUAAUAAUAAUAAUAAUAAUAAUAAUAAUAAUAAUAAUAAUAAUAAUAAUAAUAAUAAUAAUAAUAAUAAUAAUAAUAAUAAUAAUAAUAAUAAUAAUAAUAAUAAUAAUAAUAAUAAUAAUAAUAAUAAUAAUAAUAAUAAUAAUAAUAAUAAUAAUAAUAAUAAUAAUAAUAAUAAUAAUAAUAAUAAUAAUAAUAAUAAUAAUAAUAAUAAUAAUAAUAAUAAUAAUAAUAAUAAUAAUAAUAAUAAUAAUAAUAAUAAUAAUAAUAAUAAUAAUAAUAAUAAUAAUAAUAAUAAUAAUAAUAAUAAUAAUAAUAAUAAUAAUAAUAAUAAUAAUAAUAAUAAUAAUAAUAAUAAUAAUAAUAAUAAUAAUAAUAAUAAUAAUAAUAAUAAUAAUAAUAAUAAUAAUAAUAAUAAUAAUAAUAAUAAUAAUAAUAAUAAUAAUAAUAAUAAUAAUAAUAAUAAUAAUAAUAAUAAUAAUAAUAAUAAUAAUAAUAAUAAUAAUAAUAAUAAUAAUAAUAAUAAUAAUAAUAAUAAUAAUAAUAAUAAUAAUAAUAAUAAUAAUAAUAAUAAUAAUAAUAAUAAUAAUAAUAAUAAUAAUAAUAAUAAUAAUAAUAAUAAUAAUAAUAAUAAUAAUAAUAAUAAUAAUAAUAAUAAUAAUAAUAAUAAUAAUAAUAAUAAUAAUAAUAAUAAUAAUAAUAAUAAUAAUAAUAAUAAUAAUAAUAAUAAUAAUAAUAAUAAUAAUAAUAAUAAUAAUAAUAAUAAUAAUAAUAAUAAUAAUAAUAAUAAUAAUAAUAAUAAUAAUAAUAAUAAUAAUAAUAAUAAUAAUAAUAAUAAUAAUAAUAAUAAUAAUAAUAAUAAUAAUAAUAAUAAUAAUAAUAAUAAUAAUAAUAAUAAUAAUAAUAAUAAUAAUAAUAAUAAUAAUAAUAAUAAUAAUAAUAAUAAUAAUAAUAAUAAUAAUAAUAAUAAUAAUAAUAAUAAUAAUAAUAAUAAUAAUAAUAAUAAUAAUAAUAAUAAUAAUAAUAAUAAUAAUAAUAAUAAUAAUAAUAAUAAUAAU